AUGGAUUGCGAUUUGCUGUUUGAGGAGUUCAUGGAUCCAAGUGCUUUAGAUUUCACUGAAUUGGAGGGAAAAUAUCCGCUUUAUGGAUACUCCGAGAAUCCAGAUGGUUUUCCUGACCAACAUAUCGAUUCCAUUGGUUUGUCUUGUCCAGUCGACGUGUACCUUGAUUAUCUGUUUUCCAAGGGCAUCGUGGACUCGAUGGAUGAUCACAUUAUCCUUGCGUCAGAAUGCGAUGAAGUAGGCGAACUAAAAGAGCACCUCAUUUCCUCAGUGUUCAACUCCUAUUACAAGCAAACAUUUGAAAUUGAGAAGGGCACCAGUGGUAAAGAUAACCUGGUGCUAUCAGCGAGCUUGUUGUUACCUGACAGUGACCAAUCGAGCGAUACUGCGUCUUUGAGCGACGCUAGUAGCGAUGUGUCCGAUAAUUUGGAAGGGCUAGCAGCUCGUUAUCAAUAUUACGGGGCCGGAGGUCAAGCUGCAGUUGUGGAAUUCCCGCUCGACGGCCAGCCAGGUGCAAUCUGCAAGGGGCAGGCAGGAAACAGGGGGGAACGUGUCAGGCGUCGCGUUUCUACGCGGGAAUACAAGUGCAACUUCCCGGGCUGCACCAAGGUAUAUACGAAGAGCUCACAUUUGAAGGCGCACAUAAGACGACAUACAGGCGAAAAACCUUUUGCCUGUACUUGGAAAGGAUGCAACUGGAGGUUCUCAAGAUCCGAUGAGUUAGCUCGCCACAAGCGCUCUCACAGUGGGAUAAAGCCAUUUAUUUGUGACCUCUGCGAUAAGAGAUUUUCUCGGUCCGAUCAUUUAGCUAAGCACAGGAAAACGCAUUAUCGCACGAGGAAAAACUCUACCUGCGUUAUGAAAAUGUAA